AUGAAUGACUUCCAAGAAUUGGUUCAAGAGCUUUCUCUUUUUGAUCAUCCUUUCUUUGGCCCUACCUACACUUGGAGCAAUAAGCAAAAAGACACAUUUCUUGCAAGGAAACUCGAUAGAGUAUUGAUUAACCCCCCCUGGGCUACUUCUUUUCUAAAUUCCUUUAUUGAAUUUACUGCUCCUGGCCCUUCUGAUCACUGCAUGCCUCUUACUUGGAUCAACAAAGAGAUUAAAAUUAACAGGCCUAAGCCUUUUAAAUUUUUCAAUUUCUGGUCCAAGCACCCAAAUUUCCUUGAACAUGUCCUUCAUUCCUGGCAGAAACCUUCUCAAGGAAACCCUAUGCAGAAGUUGUUCCUCAAACUUAAACGCCUUAAGCCUUGCUUACAGAAGCUUAACAAGGAUAACUAUAGUGAUAUCUCUACUAGAGUAAGGAGCUGA